AUGUCGGAACCACAGGAUGACCUCCCGCGCGCGCACAUCAAGAGGAUCGUGAAGGCUAAGCUGACAGCGCUCAUGAACGAGGGGGGACCCGACGCCAAGGGCAACAAGGCCCCCGACGGGCACGUCCAGAAGGAGGCGCUGCUCGCGUUCGGCGAGUGCGCCAAGAUCUUCAUCCACAUCCUGACCUCCACCGCGAACGACAUAUGCCGCGACGGGAAGAGGCAGACGAUCAGCGUGGACGACGUGUUCAAAGCUGUCGAGGAGCUCGAGUUUGGGGAGUUCGGCGAGCCCCUGAAGGAGGCUCUGGCAGCGUUCAAGAAGGACGCGGCGGCGAAGUCGGCCAAGAGGAACGACGCCGCGACCAAGAAGCGUAAGGCGGAGGAGGACGAUGCGGCAGGAGAAGGGGAGGAAGACGCAGAGGAGGAGGCCGACGAGGAGGCUGCUGAGGGCGCUUGA